CAGGCAGGUAAAAUCACUGGCGGUAAUAUAGAACAGUGCCCUGAUUGGCUGAUACGCAAUCCCUCUCCAUCCCUAUGGAUGCUUGCUGCUGGUCAUUGUAUUGAUAAACUGCUUGCUUAUUCACUCGCAUACAGCAUCUUCGCUUUGGCUGGAGAAAUAUUAGGCUAAAUUAAUUCAGUAUUGGCGUUAUCAUAGUGAAUAAGAGAGGAGGAAAGCAAACAACAUGACCAUCAGAAAUGUACGGGAUCAUGGACAGAGGUUCCGACCGAGGAUGGCAUGUCUCAAAAAGGUGGAGGCUGUGAUGCUGGAGAUGCAGGAUCCAAAGACUGGAGUCAAGUCACAACCCCAGAAACUGGUUAUCACUACUAUACCGCACGCUAUCACAGGUGAGGAUGUCGUGACAUGGCUAGCCAACCGUUACACUAUAGAGGCAGAAGAAGCGUGGGCUCUGGGCACCAUGUUGGUGGCGUUUGGGUACAUCUAUCCCCUCCAGGAUCAUAAACGACUAGUCAUCAAACCAGACACAGCCCUCUACCGCUUUCAGACACCAUACUUUUGGCCGGCCCAGCAGUGGCCUGUAGAGGACACAGACUAUGCAAUCUACCUGGCCAAGAGAAACAUCCGCAAGAAAGGAGUUCUAGAGAUGCAUGAACAGGAGCAGUAUAACGGCCUUCACAAGUGGAUGAACCAUAAAUGGGACUUCAUUGUGAUGCAGGCUAAAGAACAGUACAGGGCGGGGAAGGAGAGGAAGAAGCCUGAUCGUGCGGUAUUUGACUGCCAGGAGAGAGCCUACUGGGUUGUACACAGACCUCCGCCAGGGACCGUCAGUGCAAUGGACUACGGACUAGAACGCAUGGUAGACCCCAACGCAGAGGAGAAAGAAACUUCAGACUUCUUCAGAAGAAUUAUGAUUUUUACCCAGCAGUCCAUCAUGAGGCCGAGGGUCAAGUCGUCUGUCUCUAUCGGAGCUCUGGUGAAAUACUCCGUCACCUGUAAUAAGCACGACCCUUUCCUAGCCCCUUGUCUCCCUAGCAACCCCUGGGUCACCGAUGAUGUCACCUACUGGUUGCUCAACAUGGCCAAUGUGGAUAUUCCUACUAAGAUGCGUGUGGAGAGGUGGACGUUCAGUUUCGGGGAGCUGCUCUCUGACCCUCGAGGCAGAGAUGACUUCAGACUCUUCCUCAAGAAGGAGUUCAGCGGGGAGAACCUGGCAUUCUGGGAGGCAUGUGAGGAUCUGAAGUGGGGAACGGCUGCUACCAUGAACGAGAAGGCCCAGCAGGUCUACAAGACUUUCUUGGCGCGUGGCGCCCCCCGGUGGAUCAACAUUGACGGGAAGACCAUGGAGGUGACAGUUAAAGGGUUGAAACACCCUCACAGAUACGUACUGGAUGCAGCUCAGACACACAUCUUCAUGCUGAUGAAGAAGGACUCUUAUGGGCGGUACCUGAAGUCUCCAGUCUUUAAGGACACUCAGAAGAGGGCCAUCGGUCCUGAUCAACACAGGUUCAGUGUGUCCCAGUUGGAGGCCAAUGCGAGGAAGCGUCGUCCCAGCAUCAGUCCCAUCAUCGUCCGCCAGCAGGAGAAGGAGGAGAGAGCCAGGAUGGCCACCAGUGGCCCUGUGGACAUCACACAGGUCAUGAGUAAACUCAGCAACAAGGGCAAGGAGGUGCCCCCACCCAAAAAAUAGACCACAGACAUACUCACAUGCAUUGACAUAAAUACACACACUUCUAGAAGCACAACUACACACACAUAGGCUACACACCCAGUGAAAAUGAAGCAGUUGUUGCUAUCUUUAAAAAUAGUUUGGAGGACAGCAGCGCUGACUAUUUGUGAAGAUUUGAAAUUAAGAUGUGCAAUUUUGAAUUUCUAUGAACUGUAUACUAGAAGAACAGUAGUCUGACUGUCCACAGACCGUUACAUGUAAAGUUAGUAAGUGUUUUCUGUUCACAUUAUUGUAGAAAAGCAUAGUAAAUGUCACAGGUGAUAGUGUUUUAGUCUUGAUGGUAUGUUCACCUGCGUCUCACCGGUACCUGCGUCUCUCACCUCUCUUUCAAUGUCAUUCAGUUUCAUGUUCCACCUAUAGGGACAUAUCUGCAUUUUGUUCCACCAAUAGAGUGCCUCUUAUGUCCCUCAGACAUUGUGUGUACAUAAACCCCAGUAAACAAUGCCAAUAGCAGUGUUUUCUCAUUCAAAUAAAUUGUGUUUUAACUGAAAAUUCC